AAUAUUUAAAAUCCGAGACAAUGCACUAGACAUUCUGACGUCUGCGGAUGAUUUACUAAUGACUACACCGUCAGAUUUUUUUUUCGUACGAUGCAAGUCUUGGAAUCAAUCUUCUCUCUCCUCAGUAUUCUUGGAGUCUGGAAACCUCGACAUUGGCAUGGAACAAAAGCAAUUUUUUAUCAUAUUUACCGAUCGAUUGUAGUAAUAGUCAACCACCUUCUCUUACUGUCUGUGAUCUUGGACCUCGAAUUCAAAAAUGUUGAUCUCGCUGCCUUGGUCGAUAACUUGUCGUUGAUGUUCGUAAUGAUCGUCGCCCGCCAGAAUAUCAUCUGCAUGAUUGAGAAUCACGCAAGCAUCACUCGUGUUCUUGACUCGCUCGGAAAAGGUCCUUUUAAGCUCCGAGAUCAUCAAGAGGAAGUCACUUUCAAGCGAUUCACUGACUUUAUCAGAAACAUUAUCAUUUACUAUCCAUUAGUAUUGAUGAGCACACUAAUUACAUAUUCUGCAGCGCACAUGUCUGCCAUGGAUUCACCGCAUGUUCUCCCGUACAACGGAUGGUUUCCCUAUAAUUACUCGCGCACAAAUAAACUCUACUGGGUGACGGCUGUCUAUCAACUUUACUCAGUAUUCAGCAUGUCGACUAUUUAUUUGAUACUAGACUUGUUGCUACCCUGCAUAAUGUGCUACAUGUGUGGGCACAUUCACAUUCUGAGAUAUAGGUUUAGAGUAAUGACAGAAAAACUGAAACUUAUGGUAGAAAAUAAUAAUCCACAGGAUAAAAUGAUAAUCGCUGAACGUAAAAUGAUGGCCGAGUGGGUCAACUAUCAUAUUGAUAUUUUGAGUUUAGUUAAAUUUAUCAAUGAAAUAUUCUCAAGCGUGAUAUUUGUGCAGUAUACUGUAAGCUCACUUCUCCUCUGCACAAUCGCGUAUCUGCUGUCACACACAAAACAGACGGCGAUGAGUUUCGCUGGUAACUUUGGAUUUAUACUUGCUAUGUUUUUUCAAAUAUUAUUGCCGUGUUAUUGUGCUGAUAAGUUGACUAUUGAGUUUUCAGAUAUAUCUACGGCCAUAUAUGAUUCGAAUUGGUAUUACUUGAGUAACAAUAUUCGCAGAUCAGUUGUAAUUAUUCUUCGUCAAUCUUACCGACCUGUUGCAAUGACAAGCAGCUUCUUCAUAAUUUUGUCCCUUGAAUCCUUCACCAAGGUCAUAAAAGUUGCGUACACAAUUUACAAUGUAUUGCAGUGAAAUGUUAAAUAUAUCUAACGAUAGUUGAUAUUAGAAUGAACAAAAAUAUUUACCGAAAGUAUGGAACGCGUAAUACGACAAUCAAGGAAUCAGCAGAUGUCGAGAUUUUUAGGACCUACGAAGCUGUUUUCCUUACCCUUGUAAUUUUGAGGACGCUGUGAAAUCGCUGUAAAGAAGCGGUUGAAAUGCUGUUGAAAAACAUUUAUGGUGUUUUUACUUUGUUGUCACAGUCUUUUUACGACCAAGAAGAAGAAAUUUCCUAAAAUUAUAUGUACAGUAAUUAUUUACGAAAUAAAUAAAA